AUGGCUAAGUUAAGCUUUACUCUAUGCUUCUUUCUGUUUCUUCUGCUAGCCUCAGUAGCUGUCGGAAGCCGCCCUCUUGAGCGGAUUCCGGUCGGGAUGAAGGUGAGAGAACUAAGCCCUUCCCUCGAGGCUACGAGCCCGACUGUAGCGGAUGAUCAAGCUGUGGGUAGUAGAGGCAGCCAUGGGAAAACUCCAGAACGGUUAAGCCCUGGAGGACCCGACCCACAACAUCAUUAG